ACCACCAACCAGCCCUCCACCAACUUCACACACCAAGGCCCCUCGCGUCUCCCGAAAUUUCAAAUCAGUCCCUCUCCCGCGCCUCCGCGAGGACCUUGUUAACAAGCGGGGCGCCUCCAGGGGGGUCAUUCUGCAAAAGCGCUCUCCCGGUACCGGCUCGUUCUCGACCUCUCGUCUCGCUCUCGCCCGCCCGCUCGACCGACCGACCCCGCGGAACCCUAGCCUCGCCUAGACUUUCCCCGACCGCGAAUCCCCCCCGGCCGCCGCGACGAUGGACUGCGCCGUAGGCGGAGACCCCGUGGAGGACUUCCUCCUCGGCGGCGCCGGCGACGACGGGGAUCUCGCCAUCUUCUGCGACGGAGGACUUGGGAUUGAGGGUGUCAAUGGAGAUGCUUGUGGAUUUGACCAAUCUAAUUUAGGGAAAAGGGGUAGAGAUGAGCCAUCUUCAUCUGGUCCAAAAUCCAAAGCUUGUCGUGAAAAAAUGAGGAGGGACAAGCUGAAUGACAGGUUUCUGGAAUUAAGUUCAGUUAUGAAUCCUGGUAAACAAGCAAAGUUGGACAAAGCAAACAUCUUGAGUGAUGCAGCCCGUAUGGUGGCACAACUUAGAGGUGAGGCAGAAAAGCUUAAAGAAUCAAAUGAGAAGCUGCGGGAGAAUAUCAAGGACCUUAAGGAGGAGAAGAAUGAGCUCCGUGAAGAGAAAGUGAGACUGAAGGUAGAAAAGGAUAGGCUGGAGCAGCAAGUCAAAGCUAUGAGUGUAGCUCCUACAGGAUAUGUUCCCCAUCUCCCUCAUCCUGCUUCAUACCAUCCCGCUGCUUUUACUCCAUUUGUGCCGCCACAGCAAGCUCCAGCCAACAAAAGUGCUCCAAUCCCUGCAGCAUUCCCUGGGAUGGCAAUGUGGCAGUGGUUGCCUCCAACCAUCGUGGACACAACUCAAGAUCCAAAGCUCUGGCCGCCAAAUGCUUAGGGGCAGGGCAGCUACCUUGGAAUGCUGACGCGUCGUGCCGUUUCAUGCAUUGGGUGGAAAAUCAGAGUGUCAGUUAGGUCCCUGGAGAGGAAUCUAGUGCGCAACUCGCGUCAUAUUUAUGCUGUAACAGUUGUUCCCAGCAGUCGUUAUCAACUUACUUUGUUCUAUAUUGAAGGGUGGCGCCUGUAAUUAAUAUAUGGAUCUUAACCCUCUAGUUGGCAAAUAUUUCCUUGUCCCAUUUGUGAGCGUGAGCUGUGGAGGCCGAUCCUGUUCUUGGUUUCCAAUCCUUAGCUUGUGAACACAUGCAUAGCAGGAAAAGAACUUGAUGAAUUCAAUCUUUAAAUCA